AUGGGCUUGAUGGAUAGAUGGAUAGAUGCCUUUACGGAUACAGGACACAGACACGGCAUGCACGACAUGCACGACACGCACGACAUGCACGGCACGCACGGCACGCAGGAUCUGAUACUUUUGUCACGCCACGCGUCAAAUCCCCCGUCAAAGCUGCCCGUGCGCACAACCGACAACUGGCAAGACAAGGACGCCAGAGGAGCGACUAGACCCUCGGGAGCUCCUCGGGAGCUGCAGCUCGUCUCGCUCCCACGCUCGCGUGUUGGCCAUGACGAGCAGACGCAUCUGCCGUCGACGAGAAAUUACGACCGACUAUGCUGUUGCCGCGGCGCCUGA